GACUAGCGCAAAAGGCAACGUGGGGUCGGGCGUGAACUGGUGACUUGGUGAAGAUGGAGGCGCCCGACUUUUACGAGUCGUAUCGCGCGAUUCAAGGGCGAUUGAAAAAGCGGUUCAUGCGCCGGCCGAACCAUGGCGAGGCGGCGCUGUCUUUCCACGAGCUUCAGGGACAGCUUGCCGAAGAGGGCAAAAAUAGCUAUGCUGCCUUUUGUGCACUUGCUGCCGCACGCUGUGAAGCCGCCGUCAAGCAACACGAUAAAGAGGCGGACACGCUGGUCAAGGCGGGCCAGCUCAUGUUUACGGCCGAGGCCGCCGAUCGGGCGCAUUUGACGGUGACCGACGAGAGCGAUUACCAAGACGGCGUUAACUGCUACCUGUUGGCCAUUCAGUUGUAUAUUCAGCUCGGUUUGGCUGCCUAUGCCACUACCUUGUGCAUUGAGCUAGCCCAUGUCAUGAAGAUUUUCUCACAUCUAGAAGAUGCCGUUCGCUACUACUUGAAAGCCAGUGAUAUGCUGACCGAGAGUCCGCUCAUGACCAUUCAGUGUCUCUUUGAUGCCUUGGAGUGCGAGCUCCGCCUCAAGUGGUAUCGGCGCGCUGCCAACUCAGUCGUUCACAUCGUCCACACAGUCGUCUCCAUGUUUGAUUCCAAUGCUUCAACCGAGGACGGGGACCCCUUCUUGCUGGCUGGUCGCCUGGCCACCUAUGGUGCAGCGCGUCAGGUGGCCAUUGAUGCUGAAGUCACGGCUCUCCUGCUCAUGUUUUGCCUACACCUGACCGAUCCGGAUCAAGCCACCAUCUUCCGUGGUCUUCGCCUCAGAUACACAAGCUUGAGCAUGUCCCCGAUUGCUCAGCACCUCGAUGUCAACCUUGAACUGCAACUGCGCCAUCUUGUCAUGGCCCUGGCGGAGGAUGAUGCCGAGUCGAUACAGCAGGCACAGCUCGAUGUCUACCCACGUCUCAAUGCAAUGCAGCGUGACCUGCUGCAUGAGCUGCUCGUCCUCAAAGGUAUCGACCAGCUGGCGUAAGUAUCACACGUUGUUCUGCUGCACGCGGCUGGGCCGCUUUUUGUGUUCCAAUCGGCGGUUUUGUUUUUCGACCGAUUGCAAACUUUGAAUCAAAUUAAAAAAAAC